AUGCACUCUCCCAUCCUCAUUGUAAUGCUUCUGUUCCCUCUGUCCUCGAUUCUCGUCGUGGUCGCGGUGUCAACCCUCCCAAUCACGCUCGUAUGGCCGCGAACUUUGCAAGACCUCGCGCAAUUAGGACGCGACUUGCACGCGUAUUCGCAAAGCGGACCCGGGGAGCUCGCGCAUGUGUUGGGCGUUCUCUCGGCGACGGCGGUAUGGAAGCACGCAUGGUCGAUUCCAGGAAGUGUCAUCUGGAACGUCCUUGCCGGCGCUCUGUUCUCACCGCUGCUCGCCACCAUCCUCCUCACCCUCCUCACCACUCUGGGCUCCCUAUGCUCGACCCUCCUCGCGACACCUCUUGCUCCUAUCCUCACCUACCUCUUCCCCCGCGCAUUGGACCUCGUCCGCAACGCCCUCGGAGAUCAGUCAGCACCGCUCGACGAGAAAAGGCCAAACGUCAUUGCACCCGCCUUGACGCGCGCGGACUCGGCAACCGACAUUUCGUAUCCGCCGGUCCCGCCCGUGUCAGUUACACCACCCUCUCGGACCGCAUCCCCCGCGAACGAAGUGUUCGAGGAGAAACAGCUCGAGGCGGCCCAAGUGGAGAACACGACCCCUACCUGGAUUCGCCUGGCGAUCCUGCGCCUGAUAGGGAUCGUCCCCUGGUCAGGGAUUAAUAUCGCUUGCGGUGUUUGUGGAGUUAGCUUGUGGGAUUGCAUGCUCGGGAACCUCGUCGGUACUCUGCCAUGGACAGCCGUGACCUGCCAGGUCGGUGAUAUUCUGCAGACAUUCGCCACGAACCCGAGAGAAGAAGGGAUGACCAUCUCCUCGUUGCUGGCUUCGCGGGAAAUCAUCGUCAAGCUCAUCCUUCUGAGCGUUCUCUCCCUCGCACCCAUUCUUGGACGCGACCGGCUGAAGGCGUGGGCAUCAGGAGAAACCACGCAAGGCGUAACGGAGUCGACUUCGAAUACCGCGUCGCUCGUUCCCUCGGUCAUGUCGACACCGAUGUUGGCAUACGCGAUACCAUCAUUCGUGUCCAAUGGCAUCCCGUCCUUCGCGCAGCCCGACCAGGGUAGACAACCUGGCGAGCGCGAAUGGCAAUGGCGCCGAUGGUUCCGCACGCUGAAGCCGGUUCAGCGAGCACGCGAUUGGAUAUCGCAGGACGACGUACAGGGGUGGCGGCGAACGCUGCGGGAUCGCCUGGGGCAGCAGCCCACGCAGCGGCAGGUCGACGCACAGGAGCUCCGGACACUCGUGGACGAGAAGCGGCGCAUCGAGGGAUGGGACUAG